AGGAAACGAUAAGAAUUACGAACGAUGUGAGACCAAUAAUUUGUUCGUUUGUUACAAGUUACAAUUAAUUUAGAAAACUUGAUGAGACGUUCGUCCUACUGGGUGCUUAUCGUUCUAUUGUGUACCCGGCAAUCGAAACUCGGGCAUUUUGCACCGUGGACACCGUAAAUCGAUUUCUAUGUCCAGUUAUUGACUACGAUGCAGCGCGUCAAAAUAUUAACCUUAGGGUUAUCCCGUAACCGUUGGAAAGAUCCGUUUGGCGCCCACUCGGCGAUGACAGAUUGGACACGUCGGCGAAGGGUCCAUACGUCGUGCGCGACCUUUGAGUUCCAUGAAAAUGAUAAGCGGAGCGGCUACGACACAGGGUUUGAGAUCGCUGAGUCGCACACCGAGAGAAUCCGCCUGGGCCUGAAACAGCUCAAAAAAGAAAUCAAACUAUGGAAAAAAGAAAUAAAAGAAGUUUUGAUCAGUGACCCCAUAUUUGAUUAUAGAGCAGGUGAAGUGGAUGUGUUUUGGAGAUUUUACGAAGAAUCUUCCUUGGAUCACUGGAUUGUCACUAGUGAUAGUGAUCAUGCUGAAGGUUUUAGUAAUUGUGAAUUAAAAAUAAGCCAUCAGGGUUAUGGGCUCUUUCAUGGAAACCUAUGUUCAAGAGUCCCAAAGGAUGGAAGGAUUCAAAAUUCCGGUUAUUGUAAUAUGAUAACAAAACGAGUUUCGAAAUCUUUUCAACGUGAUAGUUUUUUGGACUGGAGUCCUUAUACACAUCUUAAUUUACGUUUAAGAGGCGAUGGACGAAGUUAUUUAAUAAACAUACAUGUGUCUGGACAGUUUGAUAUUAUGUGGAAUGAUGUAUUUACAUUUGUGCUUUACACUCGAGGUGGACCAUAUUGGCAAACCACAAGAAUACCAUUUUCAAAAUUCUUUUUCGCCAGCAAAGGACGGAUACAAGAUAAACAAGCACCAUUGCCAUUAUAUAGAAUUACUCAUUUUGGUAUUACUGUAUCAGAUAAAGCUGAUGGCCCUUUUCAAUUAGAAUUAGAUUAUAUAGGCGCUGAUUUUGAUCCUGCCCAUCAUGAAGAGACUGCGUAUGAAAUGUAUGAAAUUAAACAAAAUUUCAUUGUUGGAACAUAAAUGCAUAACUUGUUAUAAUAUUAGUUUAUAGAUUAUUUAAUAUUUAUGUUUAUGUAAACAAUCUUGUUACACAGUAGUUGAAAUUUAAACUUAUAAAUGGUUACAUUUUAGUUUUUUUUUUAAUUACAAGUGAGAUGAUAUGACUAUAUGAAAUAUAUUUUUAUUAAAAUGCAUUUGAAACAUCAGAAAAGCAUAGUUUGUCUGACUCUAAAAGCUUAUUAAAUAUUUGGGCGUUGCUCGAUUGUGGCCCAAAGUAACCUUUUUACCUUUUCACCUUUCCCGAUUGCGGAUCAUACAUAUAGGAAAUACGUAUUUUGAAAUAAAUAUAGCUAUCGAUUAUGCAUGAUUCGCAUGAUCACCAAUAUUCAGCAUGGUAAUUUGGUGCUGCCAUAGAUUUAACUUCUAUACAACCUUCAACUGCUAAAAUAUGAACAUUUUGUGGUUAUUUAGUGACACUUAUAUUGAUAAUAAUUCUGAUUUUCCUUCUAAAAUAUGGGCUACUUAUAGUUCCAGUAUUUGACAAUGAUGCGUGUGAAAGCUUCCAUUUUAAAUUAAAUUACCAAGUACAUUUCAAUUUUUGGACUCUUCGGGAAACAACCAAACAAAUUAAUAAAAAAAAUUUAUACAAACCUAGAUUACAAAAUUAAACAACUUGAAAAUAU